UGGACUACUCACCAACUGUUCCCAACAUCCGACGGUGUAGAUCUGUCGGGUGCUCGAGCACCCAGCCCUCGGAACGACUUACGACAUCAGCAGUCAAAAUGUGUUCUUUCACAAGUCAGUGAUCUCAGAAGAAACUGUGAUCUUGAAAUGGGGUUUACUAUGGGUCUGAACAUGCUGCUCCUCCUCGCCAUGGUCGCCACCAACAUCCUCUCUCUUUACCACCUCUCCUCCACCGUCAGCUCCGCCGCGCCGGCGGCGACGCCCCCCGCCGUCCCCGACCACCUCCUCCGCCAGCUCUCCACUAUCCGGGCCACCAUCGCGCAUCUCACCACUCUCCAAUCCUCAGCCCCGCCUUCAAAGAAAACCCUCGCCGCCACCGGCGGCGGUGGCGCCGUCGGCGCCCCCUCCGAUCUCCUCAUCUACACCCACAUCGCCCCCAUAGCCUCCGCCUGCAAAGACCACCCGGACAUGCUCCACCAGUACAUGAACUACACUCCCUUCUCUAUCUGCCCCGACGACUCCCCCAUCGCCGAGUACCUCAUCCUCCGCGGCUGCCACCCGCUGCCCCGCCGCCGCUGCUUCUCCCGGACGGCCCCCGCCGCACCGGCCGCCCUCCCCGGCGACCCCUUCGCGCCGCUGCCGGAAAAGACGGCCUUACUCGGGCACUACAGCUGCAAGACAUUCUCCUGCUUCGCCAACCUCAAAUCCAACAUAGGUUUCGACAUGAAAUUCGAAAAAACGAGGUUCUUGACAUACAAAUCAGAUCUGGAUCUCCCGAUUUCCCAAUUCUUCCAGCUCGCCGAUUCCGCCAAGUCCGUCGUCAGACUGGCGGUCGACGUCGGCGGCGGGACGGGCACAUUCGCGGCGCAAAUGAAGCUCCACAACGUGACUGUAAUCACCACCACAAUGAACCUCGGUGCUCCGUACAACGAGGCGGUGGCGCUCCGGGGACUGGUGCCGCUCCACGUGCCGCUGCAGCAGCGGCUGCCGGUGUUCGACGGGGUGGUGGAUCUCGUCCGGUGCGGGCACGCCGUGAACCGGUGGAUUCCGGCGACGGUGAUGGAGUUCCUCUUCUUUGAUGUGGACAGAGUGUUGAGGGGUGGAGGGUACCUGUGGAUAGAUCAUUUUUUCAGCAAAAAAUUGGAUCUUGAAAAGGUGUACGCGCCAUUGAUAGGGAAGUUGGGGUACAAGAAGGUGAAGUGGGCAGUGGGGAAUAAGGCUGAUUCAAGUGGGGUGAAGAAUGGGGAGGUUUAUUUGACUGCCCUUUUGCAAAAACCUUGGAGUAGAUAAAGAUCAUUGGUGGGGCUUGGCUUUAAACACAGCUUCAAUGGCGUUGGGAGCAGUUCCUUUUGCAGGGUCACAAGCUCAUGCUGCAUAACUCAACACAAAGGCGCUAUACGAAUGUUCUAAACUUGUAUGUCUUCUUUGCCUAUUUGAAUUCGAUUUUAUGUAUGUAGCAGAUGAUAGCAGCAAAAUCAUGAAAGCAGAUAUAGAUGUAGGAGGUGCAUUUUAUAGCAUGUAAGGAAAACAUGUAGAUGUCGAAAAAACAUGGAGGUAUGGGGGUUUAUUUUGAUGGAAAUGCACUGGUUUGUUUGGGGCGA